ACUCUGAAUUUUCACGAAUACGAGUGAGAUUUGACGAAGAAAGGCUGUCAGAGAGAAAGAGAGAGAGGUGGAAGAAGAAUCAAAAGAUGCUUGGAAAAUGUGGAAGGAGAUCGGAGACAGAGAAGCGGGCAAACUGCGCCCAAAAUCGUUCGCAAGUCGCAUUAAGUCCAAUCGAAUCGGCACUCUCCAACUCUCCAAUCACAAAGACAUCGUUUCCCCUCACCGUGGCUCCAUCAACUCUCUUCAGGUUGAUUUGACAGAGGGACGAUAUUUGUUAUCCGGUGCAUCAGAUGCUUCAGCAGCUGUUUAUGAUGUUCAACGUGCCACCGAUUACGAGGCUGGUGGUCUCAUAGCAAAGCACAAGUGCAUCUUUGUUGUUGACAAGCAACAUGAAAGUGGGCAUAAAUAUGCCAUAUCCUCGGCCAUAUGGUAUCCUGUUGACACUGGGCUUUUCAUCACUGGUUCAUAUGAUCAUCACAUAAAUGUUUGGGAUACAAAUACGACACAGGUGGUGAUGAACUUUAAAAUGCCUGGAAAGGUUUAUAGGACUGCCAUGUCCUCAUUGGCAACAUCUCACAUGCUAAUUGCUGCUGGAACGGAAGAUGUUCAAGUUCGCCUUUGUGAUAUUGCUUCAGGGGCAUUUGCUCACACACUAUCUGGUCAUCGUGCGUCUUUGAUGGUAGAUGGUGUGAUGACGGUGGAAUGGUCAACUUCUAGUGAGUGGGUUUUGGUUACCGGGGGAUGUGAUGGUGCAAUACGUUUUUGGGACAUCAGACGCGCUGGAUGUUUUCUAGUUUUAGAUCAGUCUCAUUCUCAGCUUGGGAGACGCCCGCAUAUACUGGAAUGCUCUGCCACUAACAAGGUUUUGACAUCCAAGUCCCUAUCAGCUGGCCAAAGUUCUAGUUCGUACACAAAGCCACGGACACAACAUAGGAAGCUUGCUAGUGGGAAUGGUACAAAACAGUCACCUGUUGGUAGGAGACAGAGAUUACAUCCGGGGAUGCUGUCUAGUCAGGAUCGUGCCACUGCUCAUUAUGGUGCUGUUAAUGGGUUAAAAGUAACUGACGAUGGCAUGUAUCUUCUAAGUGCAGGUUCUGACUCAAGAUUAAGGUUGUGGGAUAUUGAAUCUGGCUGCAAUACACUAGUGAACUAUGAAACUGUGCGCCUGCAAACCAGCAAGCCAAUACAGUUGGCGACUACUCAGGAUUCAGCCCUUGUUUUUGUUCCAUGCAUGACAGCGGUGAAAGCAUUUGAUGUAUGGUCGGGUAAAACAUCCCUGACAUUUCGUGGACACUACGAAUAUGUGAACUGUUGCUGGUUCAGCACACAGGAUCAGGAGUUAUACACAGGUGGAAACGAUAGACAAAUUCUUUUGUGGUUACCAUCCAGGUUGAUUGCUGAUGAAGCGGAUGAAGGACCUGCUCAGGAUCGGGACAACUGGAGCGAUUGACAUUUGCAGCAGUUACAUUCUGGCAUUUAAUCUUUUGAUUUCUGGAUGGCUAGCUCUGUGAUAGUCCUCAUAGUUCUUUGAAUCUUUGUCUAAUGCAUAGCAUGACCUCUUAAGUUCCUAUGCUAUUGUCCGUGGCAUGUAUAUAUACUCAACUGUUAAUUUGCUUCUAAUAAUUAGUUAUUGUUAAUUUUUUAGUCAUAGAUAUUCAGUUCUCAUUGUGACUUGCCACAGUUGUAACAUAGAUUUCUAUGCUGAUUUUCUAAUGAAUUUAAGAUGAUUAUUUUGUCUA